AAUAAACAAGACCCAGUAACUGGAACUGGAAAUACCUUUGAGAAUGGGCUACUCAAGCAAGACUUUCCUGUUCCUAUGCCUGGUGGGGUUAACCCUAGCUCAUGUUUCUCUAGCUGAAAACUCUGACGUCCAAGACUUUUUGAAUGCGCACAAUGCAGCUCGUGCCGAAGUGGGUGUCGGUCCAAUUUCUUGGAACAAGACCCUUGCAGCCUAUGCUCAGAAUUAUGGUAACCAGAGGAGGGACUGCGUGUUGGAGCAUUCAAUGGGGCCGUAUUCAGAGAACAUUUGUUCAGGCUGGAGUGGCUUUACAGUAUUAGAGGCUGUGAAGAUGUUUGUAGAUGAGAAGCAAUUCUAUGACUAUAAGAGCAACAAGUGUGUGAAGGGCGAGGAGUGCAGGCACUACACUCAGGUUGUUUGGAGGGACACGACGAGUCUGGGCUGUGCCAAGGUAAGGUGUCAUAGUGGCGGAAUAUUUGUGACUUGUAACUAUUUUCCUCCGGGAAAUAACGACGGCGAACGCCCUUAUUAGGUCUUGUUUGGAUACACAAGAAUACUCGAAUUUCCCGCUGAUUAUGCUACCAUUCUACAAUAUAAGUUGAAUUGGUCACUAUUCUCAAUGGCAUUCUUUUUUUU